UUCCCUUUAACCCAACUGUAUCGUUCCGACUUUUAUAGAAGACUGAUUUUAAAUAGAGUGUUUGAGUGGCUUUCUUUGGAUCGUAUAUUUGUGCUUUCCACUUCAAUGAUAUUUUCUUGUGACUUGAACGGCGAAGUUAUGGAGCCAUAGCGAAUAGGCUCAAAGUGAUAGCAAGGGAUCUGUAAAGCACUGUAGCCGCACUAGGGUCUGACUGACCUGACGUUUGGGGUUUAAUCUAGUGCUGGGUUUGGGAAGAGGUAUCGUCUGUCGGUUAGCAAACUGCAUGUGGCUAUUGGUGCCACAAUGGUAUAGUAAAUGUCAAUUUGGAGGUAGUUCGACUCGAUGUCAGAAGAGGAAAGGCACUGUCAUUGCCCUGGAGUCGAACAUACUGUUGUUAAAUGUCUGUUUUUUACCAAGAUAACUUUGAGAUUCGCCUCAGCUCUAACUGCAUUCCUUUGGUGACCACACAGUGUCGUCAGAGUCAUUCUUACUGUGUCCACCUUUGUCCCAAGCUAAGAGCUGUUUGUAUUUUUGGAUAGUCUUUUAUAGCAGUGAUUUGAUUACACGUACUGUAAAGUGUUUAUUUGGUCUAACCACCGUCAUGUUUUCACUAAAAGAGCUACGUUUCUGGAAGUAUUAAUAUUUUGUAUUGUUUAUUGUCCACUCUGCGGUUGGUCAGUUCUGCCUAUUUUUUCGUUUUGUGUACUACAUCAGGUGUGACAGACAUGGAAGAGCAGACUGACAGACACUGCUGGGUGUGUUUUGCUACAGAGCAUGAUGAUCACAGUGCAGAGUGGGUCAGCCCCUGUAAAUGUAAAGGCUCUACGAAAUGGAUUCACCAGGCAUGCCUUCAGCGGUGGCUGGAUGAGAAACAAAAAGGAAACAGCACUGGCAGUGUAACAUGCCCGCAGUGUGGGACAGAAUAUCUCAUUGUUUUCCCUAAAAUAGGCCCCCUGGUAUAUUUUUUGCAGCAGAUAGAUCGGUUUCUAUCCAAAAUGAGUCCAUUUGCAGCUGCUGGAGUUGUUGUAGGAACAGUGUAUUGGUCAGCUGUUACGUAUGGAGCUGUCACAGUAAUGCAGGUUGUUGGCCAUAAGAAGGGACUCGAUGUUAUGGAGCGAGCUGACCCUCUCUUCCUUUUGAUGGGAUUGCCUACCAUUCCUGUUAUGUUGGUCCUUGGCAAGAUGAUACGUUGGGAAGAUUAUGUGCUCCGGAUGUGGAGAAAAUAUUCCAACAAAUUGCAGAUUAUUAGCAGUAUGGUGUCAGCAGUCAGUACUGGACAUCCUGUUCCUCGUGUGCCUGCUGAAGCAAGUUAUCAGAGUGAUCAUGUGUCCAUUUCUCGGAUACUCUGUGGAGCACUAGUGUUCCCAACCAUUGCAAAUCUUGUUGGGAGGUUGAUGUUUCGUCGUGUGACCUCCAACUUACAGCGUACCGUUCUGGGUGGAAUUGCCUUUGUAGCAAUUAAGGGAGCACUGAAAGUAUACUUCAAGCAGCAGCAGUAUCUAAUUCAAGCCAACCGGAGAAUCCUUAACUAUGUGGAUCAGAGGCCAGGGGAUGAAGAAGCAAUGCCUCCUGUAGACAAUGAAGAUAGUGGCAAUGAGGGAAAUUAAGAUGCUUAGGUGGUCAUUGUGUUAAAUUCUGUCCUAUUGUGCUGGUUCCUUUUGAUUUUGUUGCAUUGUUGUUCUUCAGUAUCAUUGGAAAAUGGAGUGCUUGCUUCUGAAAAAAAAAAUGUGAAGGCACAUUUUUGCGCCCUGUCACUCUUGUUCUAAACUUAUUGCAGCAGGAACUUUAAAGUGUUGACUUGGACAGCCACAUGAUGCUAGCAGCCCAGAUGAUUUUAGCCUUCAGCAGGUAAGAAAGAGGGCUUACUUAACAGAAUCUGGCUUCUUAGUGUGGGAGAGUGGUAUUCUGCAGUUAUUCAAGAGCCUAGUGCACAAUUUAAGUGACUGCAUUGUUCUAGUCCAGAGUCUUAUAAAGUACUGUAACCUGAACACAGCUGAUGUUUAUGUGGAAGUAGUGUGAAUCUCAGGCUGAAAACUCUACCUUGAUUGGUUUAUGUGGAAGUAGGGGAUUCUCCAAAGUAACAGAAAAACAUACAUUGUUAAAUACCCUGUUUGAAGUCAUUAUUGCAGUAUUUUUAAUCAUAUAUAUUUUUUUCUGCUGACAUCUGGCUGGGGUACCAAAGUUUUACCUUGCUGAGGAGCUGCAUCCUAUGGUUCAGCUUGUAUGCAUUGAAGUAUAUAGGCGGACAUAUGCACAAGUUCCUCAGACUAUUUCACCGCCAGCCUGAAAGCAGGUCUCCCAUCAUUCAGCUUGAUCUGUGUUGGGUCGUUGGUACCAUUACUUCCCUUGUUUGUUCCCGUUAGGGAACCUUCCUUUUUGUAUUUUUGACUGCGUGUAAAGUUUUUGUUGGGUGUCUGUUAAGAGUGGUAUGUAUGAGUGUGGUAGGCAGAUUCCAUACAAGGACUUGCACACUAAGUGCCUUUUUAUUUAGGCCCCAAACACCACUACAAAUUCUGCUCUGUCUGCCAGCUGUUUGUUCAAAAAAAACAUUAGGGCAAGGCUUUUCUCCUUUAACAUGUUCCUUGAAACACAGCAUCUAAAACAUCUGUCCCAAGCAAGGAUGGCAGAAUCCCCAGCACCUGAUGCCACCCUUCUGCCUAAGAAACUCAAGAAGACCGUGAGAUGGUUUGCAGUCUGACAUCCAAGUCAGAUGUACCUGCUGAGCUUUCAGAACUUGACAUCCGAGUCAGACGUCAGAUAUCCUCUCAGUUGAUCACUACCAAAACCCCGUUGGAGGCCGGUGUUGCUCCUGAGACCUUGCAGACUCUGGGUACCGUGGAAGUAUCACACGUAAUCAUUCCAGGGGGACCAUACAGAGUCCUUCAAAUCCUAGUCUGGGAAGAGGUCCUAGGUACUCUGAAGUACACCAAGGGUCCAAAGCUCCAAGAUUUGUUUAAGCGGAAGUUAACCUAAAAAAAAAAAACAAAAACUAUAGACAUGUGACCUCCCCUACAGUUUCUAAGGAAAAAUAAUAGAUUGACUUCUCCCGGGGCUUAUAUAAAGCUGUCAUGGUUCUGAAGCCUCCUUUUUUGACUCCACUGCCUCAGUUCACUCAAGUACAUAACCAAGAUUCUUCCUGUGAAGAGGAGCAAUCUGUAGACUCUGAUCAUUCUCUGAAUUACUCCUCACAAACACAUUCUUUAGCACAGCUCUCCUUGGAUGACAGGGGCUCCCUUUCUCCAGAUUCUGCCAUUUAGAAAGCCUCUUGUGAAGAAACUAUUCAAAACAUGAUGAGGCACUUUGAAUAGCAAUCAAAGCAGAUCUGUGAUGUACAAAAAAAGUACGAAUAGCCUUCUGGAAAUGGGCACACCAGCUCCUUCUCCAGACCCUCCAGUGCUAAAGACAUAUCAGGCCGUCUUCCAGUCAGCAUGUUCAUUUCCUGAUUCACCACCACCAGCACCUAAAAGACCUGAUAGAUUCUAUAAGGUACCUGAUGAACUGAAAUACCUGUAUGAGUCUUGUUUCUGAACCCUGUUGCUGUAUCUCCUUGGGUAAACCAUCUAAGUUGCUCUCCAGUGCUAACGCCAUUCACACUGACAAGGGUAGUAGGGCUAUGGCUAGGUGGGGAAAGAGGGUCUACACCUCCUCCACCCUAGCAUUCAAAGCUAUUAACUACCAGACACAAAUGACUAAGUACUUGCCUCUGUACUACAGUAUUUACAUAGUUAUGUCAGACCGACAGUCAGUGGAUUUUAAGCAGCAAAUACAGACCUUAACUGUCUCAAGCUACAUAAAUAGCCAGACACAGCAUGAUAUGCAGUUAUCAUGCUGUGGAUGCUAUUUCCAGGACUGCUGCCACAAACUCAGCAUCAGAUGAUAUGCAUGGCUGUGUAGCUGCUCCAUAACUAAGGACUUCAAAUCUAAAAUACUAGAUUUGUCUUUAGGCAAAGAUCUCUUGUUUGGUCUAUAGGCUGCCAGUCUCUACAAAGCCCUACUAGAGCAAGGCAGGACUAUGAAAGACUGUAGGCACAUUCUACUUUCUACAGUCGUAGAUACCAUAGAAACUACCCAUCCAAUUUCACUUCUUUUGUUAAGAAAGACCCUAGGUUAACUCACAAACAAAGAAAAAUACCAAGAAAAAGAUUUCCAGACAAACCACAUAGGGGAACUUCCUUCAAGGAGGUGUCCCUUUGGAAGCAAAAACCUGUGACUACCUUCUCCACUACCCCACCCCUGCCCUAUACCCCUCCAUCCAAAAGACUUACUCUGUCUUUCUUCUCUUGGGAAAUGGUAACUAUAGACAAAUGGGUUGUGACUAUCAUCAAAUAAGGCUGUGCCCAUGUCUUAGGAAAGCAUUUCAUCUCUAAAGGGCAUGCCUCUUCCGUCUGUCAACCAGGUUCCAUAGCUAAAUCCUGUUAUUCAGGACUUUUACUAGAUCAGGGCUCCAUAGAAAGGGGGCCAAAUCCCUUCAAGGGAAAAAGGCUUCUAUUCCAGAAUCUUUCUGGUACCGAAGGGAAGGAAGGACAGUGGAGAACCUUUCUUUCCACCCUCCUGCCUUUCAUUCUUCCUCACUUCUUUUUUGUAUCCCUAGAUUUAGGAUGCCUACCUUCACAUUUGACCCUCCUGCAGAAAAUUCCUCUGAUUCAUCUCCGUCUCUUCACAUUUUCAGUUUACUGCUUUGCCCAAGGGUUCUUACAGUGUGUCUAGCUCCAGUGGUGAUUUACUACUGCUCACAGGCAAUUCAGAUUUUUCUCUUACUUGGAUGACCUACUGAUCCAAGCUCUCUCCACAGACAUCCUCGUCGAGCAUGUAUGUUAUGUGGUAUAUCCCCUGACAAUACUGGGAUUCACAGUCAUCUUCAAAAAAUCCAAUCUCAAACCCUCUCAUGACCUAGUUUUUAUGGGUUGCAAACUAGGGGGACUCAAAAUGCAUGCCUUCCUUCCUCAGUAAAAAGUUCACAGUCUAGCCAGCUUCUUCCAACACCUUUACUUAAUGUCACACUGCACAGCCUCGGAUAUCCUCUGGGAUUUGAGUUUCAUGGCAGCUACCAUCCCAGUGCUUCCUCUGGCCAGACUGCACAUGAAAAAAAAAUUGUGUGAUACUUGAAAUCUGUGUGGUCCCCACAUUCACACCCCCUGGAUACCCUGAUCCCUCUUUUAACUUGCCUCAAAAAGGAGUUGCUCUGGUGGGAAAAACAGGUCAUGCUCAAUCCCGGUCUUCUUUCAUCCUAGCUCCACCCAGCUAAGUUAUUCACACAGAUGCCUCAGUCAGGGCAUGGGGGGCGUGGACAGGAUCGCACAGAGUGCAGGGGCGAUAGCCGCCUUCUCUCUGGAAGGAGCACUUCAACGUAAGACAAAUGAGAGCUCUUCUGCAAGCUCUGCAGGUCUUCUCCCACCUAUGGAAAACAAGCAUACUCUUGGUGUACACCAUCAACACCACAGUCAUAUGGUAUUUAAACAAACAGGAAGGCACAAGGUCUUAUCAACUGUGCAGGCUAGUAGAGGAAGCAUGAUACCUAGCCAUGCAAAUUAACAUAACUUUGAGAGAGGCAUGCAUUCUCUUUCAAGAGAAUGUGAUGGCAGACUCUUAAUUGGGUCCUUGGAGGACUGUCAUGAAUGGACCCUGAGCAGAUAGGUCUUCAAAACAAUCCUGCACUAGUUGGGCAUACCACCAAUAGGCCUUUUUGCUUCCCCAAAAAAAUCUCUCUGCAUUAGAAUCCCUUCACCCUUAGCCUCAAGGACAGAUGCCUUCUGUUUUCAGUGGUCAAUGAGGUUAUGUAUGCCUACCCUCCUCUGCCACUUCAAAGAGUUCUUCUAAAAGACCAAAAGGAAGCUCCAAAACAUCUAUGUCUGGCCCUGUACUGACCAAGACAACACUGAUUUUCACUCCUACUCCACCUGUCCAAAGGAAACUACUGGAAGAUACUGCUGUAACCGAACAUGGCCACUCAACAGCAAGGUGUGCUUCAGUAUCUCACUGCAUUGUUUCUCAGUCUCACUCUGUGGAUGAUGGGUUUCUGUUCCCUAAAAGGCGCAUCAUCUCUGAGGAGCUUUUACAGGUUUUACAGGAAGCUAGAAAACCUGUUAUCAGAAAAAUCAUACACAGUUGUGGAAAAGAUUUUCUAUUUGGUACCACAAACACAGCCAGGAUCCAUUGUCGUUUAGUAUCUCUGCAAACUAUUAGUUCAAUUUGGCCUUCUCUUAAAGCCCAUCUGCCUGCCAUUAAUGCCUGCUUGUCUUUUGUCCCUUUUUUGUGUCCAAAAUGGAGGUCAAACUUUUCUUGAGGGAAGCCUUCCAUCUUAAACCUCCAAGAAAACCUACUUCUCCCUGGGAUAUCAACUUUGUGCUAGAAAAACUUACAUUGCCCCCCUAUUCAAGCCAGCAACAUCUGCCACUCUAAAGUUCUGCACCUGAAAAAGUAUUCUAUUUGCUCAUACCUCUGUUCACAGAGUGUCUGAACUUCAAGCAUUCAAGGCUGUUCCACCUUUUCUCCUUUUCCAAAGGGACAGGGUGACUCUUAGGCCCAUUCUUUCUUUCAUGCAUAAGGUAGUGAAUGAACUGUUCCUCAGUUAAGCUGUUCACCUAUCUUCCUGUUUUCCCAAUCCCCAGAACAGAAAGGGGGAGAAAGACUUCUACUUUCUAGAUAUUCGCAUGCAGCUGAAGUUAUACUUGGACAAAGCAAAAACUAUAAGAAAAACUGACCCAACUGUGUGUUUCCUUCAUGGAUUCCAAGCUGGGCCAGCGGGUUUCAAAGGAAACUGUUGCAUCCUUGCUAUCAAAAGCCAUCUCUUUCUGCUAUAUACACAUUAUGGUAAAUCAUUGCUUUUCUGCCCAAAGGCAGUGGCCUCUUCUGGUUCUCUGCACAAGGGUGUUGAUAUCAGGUCUAUCUGGGAAGCUGCCAUAUGGUCCUCGAUAUACAUUUUCACCAGACGCUGCAAGGUUGAUGCUUUGUCUAUCCUGUCUGGGAUCCUGGAAAGCUCAUCUUCCCAUUCGCCAACUUUUUUGUACCUCCUUCAUCUCUGGGGAGUCACCCAUAUAUUAAGAAUACUGCAACAGUGAUUUCAGUCGGGGUGUAGUACAUUUGUGUAAGAAAGUAUCAUGACCAUAGAUGUCCUGCUGAUCACUGUUGAGUUUUCCUUCCCCUCUUCUCUUUCUCUGCUCUAACUUUACUCUUCCCCUCAGUUGUAAGCUAUCACCUAUAUCCUGCUGUUGGGGGGGUUUACUUGCCUGUUCGAGCUGCUCCCCUUCUAGUUGGAAGUCUCCUGUCUCAUUAGUCUUCAGGACGCUGGCUUGGAGAUAGUCUGAAGAACUUGUGUGUACGUCCGCUUAUAUACCUGGACAUAUAAGAGCUGAAGAUAUGCUCGGACAUAUGCCCUCAGGAGGGUAAGUCUUUGGUACCCCAGCUGGUUAUCAGUGGACAAAAACCUACAUGUUAAGAAUACUGCAACGUAGGACAUCUGCUCUUAUAGUAAGUUCUUACACAGCUGUACUUUCUGUUUCUUCAAAUAGUAUGUAUAGAGAUAUGUGCGUGUGUACAUGAGUGCUUGUAUGCAUUUGUGUGCCGUUGAAGUUUCUGCUGAAUGCAGUUAAGGAUCAUAUGCAGAGGUCUGCUUUGUAGAUUUUCCUUUUGCCUCAUUGUAAUGAUGUAUGUAUAAGUUGGUGUUACAUAAGAAAUGCUAUCAAAAAAUUUUGUAAUGAUAAAAAAAAAAAAAGUUAAUAUUUUUCUCCAUCUGUUGUGCAUGACAUUUUAUGUCUUUGGCCCUGGAAUUGUCGUAUUCUUUUGUGGCAUGGUUAUCAUUUCGUAGGUGUCACCUACAUUUGGUCCCCUGAUCAGUAUUUUUUUUUUCUAAUUAUCAUAAUUGUUAUAGAAAGUAAAACAGUUAUGGAUAAUCUCUGAUGUAUAGUUUAAGACACAAUGGGUUAAAAUAACACCAGUUUUGAUGUUUUUGUAGCAUGCCAGCAAAACAAACUUAAUACAGCUGUCACAACAAUGCGUCUCACAAAUUGAAGUGAAUGAUCUCUGUUAUCUCUUCUGGACCAUAAGCAUUUAAGCAGAGAAAAUUUUCAAAACCUGUCAUUAAACUGUUUGCACUUUUUUUUCUGGGGAGGUGCCACUCUGUUUGAGGUACAAAAUAUAUGGGGAGGUCCACUUACUCACUUCUUGCGUAUAUAGGGUUGUAGUCAGUGAAUUCAAUUUUGUACUCAGAGAUGCUUGUUGCUGUGCCCAAUUUACCUGUUUUUUAAAAAAAUGGUCAUAUCGCUCAAGCUGUUGCCCACCUCCAUAUGCACACAACUUAGUGUCACAUUUUCAGCUGCUCAGUUAAAAACUAUUAAGACAUAUUGUUUAUAGAUUGCAAUCCUUUCUGUAAGCAAGCAUUGAUCUAGAUGGUUUUAGACAUAAUAUGGCUUGAUAAAUCCCUAAUGUUUCCAACAUAAUCAGAAAAGAAUUUGUAGUCUUUAGAGUGCAAAAAGUAUGCCUGGCUACACCCUUGUCUGCAAGCCUCUACCAAUCUACAAUGCUUAUUUUGGGUGAUAAACUGUAGCGUAGUUACUACAUUUUGUUCAUAAUAUAGACAGAAAUAUUUACCUGUAAUUCCGUCACUGUGUACCCGCAGUAAGUGAAGCAUGCAUUCAAAAUUAGUCCAUCUGUACAGAAAAAACACAAGCAUUUAUAAUUUAGUGUUUUACUUUUAACAGUAUUUUAAUGGUGUUAGGAAGUGGAUUGUUGCAGGGUUGCAGAACUUGGCACAUGAUUUUUAAGGGACAAACCAGGAGACCAGUAUUAACUAGUCAUAUCUUAAGCACAAUUAUAAUUCUUCACACUUUCUUGUUUGCUUUCGUUCAGGACAUUGAAGUCCGUUUUGAAAGUAGUUAAUGCCUGACAAGGAAAUUACCAUGAGUGCUGUACACAUGAGUAGAGUGUGAUAACAUAAUUUUGGUUUGUUGCAAUAUCUUUAAUUUUGUAUAUUAUCAUUUCAUAUUGAUAGCAAUCCAAGGCACAAAAACUAUAUAUACAGAUUGGUUAGGUUAAAAGAGGUUCUAGAAAGAAGCAGGAGACAUUAUUUAUUUUUCUCUUGGGUAUCUUUUUCCAACCCAUUUCACACACACACACACACA